AUGUCAAGUGUACAAGAACAAGAGUUACCAGAACCAGACCAUUACAACGAUGUUAUGAGUGGUGACGGUCAAGAUGAUGAUGAUGAUGUUGAGAUGCUAGAUUCUGUGAAUGAGGAUCCAACUGUUGGUUGUGCACCUGCACAAGUUGCACGUGGAAAGAAAAAUAGACUUAGAUCCGAAGUUUGGGAAUUUUUUAAACUCGUUAAGUAUAAGGAUGGUAGGAUAUGUCUAACAUCAGACAUGUGGACUUCUGUAACAACUACUGGAUAUAUAAGCUUAACUGCGCACUAUCUUGAUAAAGAUUGGGUAUUGCAAAAGAAGCUUCUGAAUUUCUCUCCCCUUCCACCACCUCAUACAGCUCUUAUUGUAAAAGAAGGACUUACGAAGAUUGAUCCAGCCGUGCUUAAGAUUCGAGCGUCAGUGAAGUCCCUUAAAAAGUCCCAAGUAAGAAAACAAAAGUUCUUGGACAUUGUUGAAACUUUAGGAAUGUCUGGUCUGAAAAAGGGUAUUCGGCAAGACGUAAAGACAAGGUGGAAUUCAACUUAUCUUAUGUUAGACAGUUGUAUCUUGUAUAAGCCAGUUUUCUCUCAUUUGAAGUUGGUGGAUUCAGACUAUGAAGACUGUCCAACUAAUGAAGAAUGGGAACAAAUUGAAGUAGUCACAAAGUUUCUCAAGGUGUUUCAUGAACUCACAAAGGUUUUUUCUGGUAGUAAGUAUCCUACUUCCAAUCUGUAUUUUGAAAGAAUUUGUCAAGUUCAGGUGUUACUAAAGAAAGAGAGCAGAAGUAAUAUUGAAUUCAUUAGGAACAUGGUAAAAGAGAUGCAAGCAAAAUUUGAUAGUUACUGGAAGGAGUUGAGUCCUAUAUUGGCUAUGGCAGUUGUGUUAGAUCCUAGAUCGAAAAUGAAUUUUGUGAAAUUUACUUACUCCAAGUUGUAUCCUGAUGAGAGAGAAUUAGAAUGUCAAGUUAAUAAAGUGCAUAGUAAUAUAAAAGCACUUUUUAAUGAGUAUUACACCUUGUCAAGUUCAAGAGCUUCCAACAGUUGUGCAGCUCAAAAUUUGAGUGUUCAAAAUGGUGGGAAUUUUGCUGCCCAAGAAGGGAGAAUAUGUUGCAACACAGGAACGUGGUGGUAA